AUGGUAGUUAUUGCCUUUGAAUUCAACUCCAACUUCACUGCUUCUUCUUCUUUCCACUAUGCUGCCAAUUCCUUCUCUUCCAGACCCUUUUUCGUCUCUCAUGCUCCGAAGCUCAAUUUUAGUCCAGUUAUUGUUUCAAUCAAGGUUAGCGAGACAGCGAAAAAGGGAUAUGAAGGAAAUCCUGUUAGAAAUUUUAAAAGAAUUGGAACCAAAAUUGAUAAGAAAGAUGAUGAAGGCUCUUCCACAGGUAAUGGUAAUGCUAGAGGAAAACCUAAUAAAGGGUUUAGGGAUGAGAGGAAUCAGCACCGGAGUCGUAGUUUAGAGCCAAGAUCUGAUGACUGCGGUUUGAUUAAGAGUCAAGGGGAAAUUAUAGGCGACAACGUAAUUAGGGCUAAUUUCAAUGGCGUCCAUGGUGGGAGUGUUACUAGAAGAGAAAGAGAUCACAGUAGAAAGGGUAAAACCCUUAGUGGUGAUAAUUUUGUAGAUAGAAAAGAAGCUAUGGAUACAAGUCCUGGUAACAGAUAUGGUGAAAUUCAGAGUUUGACCAAUACAAAUGGACGGUCUAAUGGAAACACUAAGCGUUUUCAUAAUAGAGGUCAUGAAUCUGAUAACUUGGAGGUGGAUCGAGCAGCAUUUAAGAAUCUUGAGGACCCAACCAAUGUUGUCACUAAGGCUCACUUUUCGCAUAAAGAAAUGGAAGACAGAAUUCAGAAGCUAGCCAAACAGCUGAAUGGUGUAGAUAUCGAUUUACCAGAAUGGAUGUUUUCUAAGAUGAUCAGAAGUGCAAAGCUCAAAUUUAAUGACUAUUCUAUACGAAGGCUUAUCACAAUCUUAGGAAAUCUCGGAAACUGGCAGCGAGUGAUACAAGUCAUCGAAUGGCUUCAAAUGCGUGAGCGUUUCCAGUCCCAUAAGCCCAGGCAUGUAUACAAUGCUGCACUUGACGCACUUGGGAAGUUGAGGAGACCUGUGGAAGCACUGAAUCUAUUUCAUGCAAUGCAGCAACAAAUGUCCACAUAUCCUGACUUAGUAGCUUAUCAUAGUAUUGCUGUUACUCUUGGGCAAGCAGGGCACAUGAAACAGCUCUUUGAUGUGAUUGAUAUUAUGCGAUCUCCACCAAAGAAGAAGUUCAACAAAGGGAUAUUUGAGAACUGGGACCCAAGGCUGGAACCCGAUAUCAUAGUUUAUAAUGCAGUCCUUAAUGCAUGCAUUAAGGGUAAACAGUGGGAAGGAGCAUUUUGGGUGUUACAGCAGUUAAAGAAGCAGAACAUACAACCUUCUGCUGCAACAUACGGCCUAGUUAUGGAGGUGAUGUUUUCAUGUGGCAAGUACAACUUGGUUCAUGAUUUUUUUAGAAAACUUCAGAAAUCUUCAAUUCCUAAUCCAUUGACAUACAGAGUUCUUGUGAAUACAUUUUGGAAAGAGGGAAAAAUUGAUGAGGCUGUAUCGUCUGUGAAUGAAAUGGAAAGACGUGGAAUCGUUGGUUCUGCUUCUCUUUACUAUGAUCUAGCUAGAUGCCUCUGUGCAGCUGGAAGAAGUCAAGAGGCACUGAUGCAGAUAGACAAGAUAUGUAAAGUUGCAAGUAAACCCCUGGUAGUGACCUACACUGGCUUGAUGCAAGCAAGCCUAGACUCUGGGAAUAUUCAAGAUGGAGCUUACAUUUUUGAGAAAAUGAAGGAAAGUUGUGCUCCAAAUUUGGUUUCUUACAACAUAAUGCUUAAAGCUUACGUUAAACAUGGGAUGUUUCAAGAAGCUAAAGAGUUAUUUGAGCGAAUGUUGGUAAACACGAAUAAUCUGAGUAAUAAAGAUGAUUACAAAAUGCGAGUGAUACCGGAUAUAUACACAUUCAAUACCAUGUUAGAUGCAUGUGCUGCAGAGAAAAAAUGGGAUUAUUUUGACUAUGUUUACCCGAGGAUGUUGUACCAUGGUUAUCACUUCAAUCCAAAACGGCAUCUUCGAAUGAUACUAGAGGCUUCAAGAGCUGGAAAGGAAGAGCCAUUAGAGAUAACAUGGAAGCACUUGGCUGCUACAGAUAGAACUCCACCAGUUUCUCUAAUCAAGGAGAGGUUUUGUACAAAACUUGAGAAGGAUGAUUAUGUUGUUGCUCUCAAAUGCAUCACGAGUAACACACCAAAAGACUUGCAACCAUUUUCGAAGUUGUUAUGGUUGAAUCUAUUCAAAGAAAACUCUCAACGCUUUCACAAGGAUACACUUGUUCGACUAAUGAAUGCGGCUAGCAAUGUAAUUUCCAAUAAUAGCGUGCCAAAUCCAGCGCUUGUGUGUUUAGUUCAAUCAUGCAAAGAAUUAUGUUUUGACACUCAUCAGAAUGUAGCUUACAUGGAUUCUGCAAGCAAUGUAUUUGCAUUAGAAAACAAACGGGUAGUAACCAACUCUAGGUGA